AUGGUCUCCCUCAAAUUCACUAUGCUUGCCGCCGGCAUUUGCGGAGCGAUGGCUGCUCCAUAUUAUUACGAACAUUAUUCACCCGAGAAAGGCCACGAGAGCCACUACGGCAGCUCAUACAAGGAAGGCUAUGAAAAGGGCUACGAAAACGGCGAGCACAAGGAAUAUGGAACGUUCAAAUACGGAGGAAAUGGACACUACGCCAAGGGCGCCGAGUACGGCAAGUAUUACGGAACAGGCAAUGAUCAUGGUCAAGGCUACAAGUACACCCCGUAUCAUGAUGAUCACAAUUCUCACUACACCCCAUACGCUCCGCAUAGCUAUGGCACCGAAUUCCACCAUGAGCAAGCCCCUUACGGUUACACCCCCUACUCUACCUAUGGCUAUUAUGAACCCCAUCAAGAGAAAUAUUCGCCAUACAACUCUCACUACCACGGACAAGAUUCACACUACGAGCCCCACUAUGAUCAACAGUACGGCCAUCACGAUCAGCACUACACUAAGCACGACGACCACCAUGGCGAUGAUCAUCAACAUGGAUACGAGCACGACAAGCACCAAGAUGAUCACCACGGGGAUUUCGUCUAUCUCAAGCAUCAC